AUUGGUUAAUUUCUUACGGCUUAAAGUUCACUAUACUUAUUGUAGAUUCAGCCUUAACUGAUAAGUUUUUCGUAGCAACAUUAGUAUCUAGCACCAGCGACAUAUGUACAAUUCCUAUAACAAGUGCCGCGAGUCUGACUUAGCACUUUGCGGUUACUUGUAUUCAUUAUUAUUAAAAGAAAUCUUAUUUUAAUUUGAUAUUUUACAGAUACAAUAAUAUAUUUAUAUAUACUGUAGUGUGCUACGUACGAGGAAUAAAUAUGCCUCAAUACACAGUUAAAGUUAAAUGGGGCAAAGAACUUUUUUCCAAUGUAGAAGUUAAUACCGAAGAAGAACCAAUGUUGUUUAAAGCACAGCUCUUUGCUUUGACUGGGGUUCAACCAGAAAGACAGAAAGUUAUGCUUAAAGGAAUGACACUCAAAGACGAUGAUUGGGGCAAUUUGAAACUUAAAGAUGGUGUCACAGUACUUAUGAUGGGUUCUAAGGAAGAAGAUGUACCUACAGAACCAAUGGAGAAACCAAUAUUUUUGGAAGAUAUGAAUGAAGCUGAAUUAGCUACAGCUUUAGAUCUACCAGCUGGUUUACAUAAUCUUGGCAACACUUGCUAUCUGAAUGCAACAGUGCAAUGUUUAAAAACUGUGCCAGAAUUACGAGAAGCCUUGAAGAUUUUUCCAGGCGGCUGGGCGACAGCUGCGAGUUUAUCAUUACCCGCGCAAAGUAUAACCGCGGCAUUAAGGGAUCUAUAUGACAAUAUGGAUAAGGGAACAUCUAGAGCGCCGCUUGUUCUAGUUCAAAUGCUGCAUUUAGCUUUCCCAAGAUUUGCAGAAAAGACUGAACAAGGAGUAUUUCAACAACAAGAUGCAAACGAAUGCUGGACCGAGUUGAUUAGGAUGUUGCAGCAAAAGUUACCUGCAAAGAACAAUGCAGAUAUAUCGGAAGAUGAUACCGAAACUUAUAAACCACGUUCAUUCAUUGAACAAUAUUUUGGAGGUAUAUUUGAUUAUGAAUUAAAGUGCGUUGAAUCCGAGGACGAACCAGCUACUACUGGAAAAGAAGAAUUCUUACAAUUGAGCUGUUUUAUUUCAACUGAUGUCAAACACAUGUAUUUCGGACUUAGGAACAAAAUGCAGGAGCAAAUUACGAAAAUGUCUCCGACGCUUGGAAGAAAUGCCGUUUAUACAAAAACGUCAAAGAUCAGCAGGUUACCAGCAUAUUUAACUAUACAGUUUGUACGGUUUUAUUAUAAGGAAAAAGAAGCGAUUAAUGCAAAAAUAUUGAAAGAUGUUAAAUUUCCUUUGGAAUUUGAUGCUUUUGAAUUAUGUAGCCCUGAACUUCAAAACAAACUCAUUCCAAUGCGUGAGAAAUUCAAAGAAUACGAAGAUACUCUGGUGGAAGAAUCUUGUAAUGCAAAAGCUAAAGAUAAAGGAGAUAGCAUUAUGAAAAUAAUAAAACAAGAACCAUUUUGGUUUAAGAACGAUUUGGGAUCAAAUAAUAGCGGUUAUUAUAAAUUACAAGCAGUUCUCACGCACAGAGGACGUUCCAGCAGUAGCGGUCAUUAUGUUGCAUGGAUUUGUCAAAAAGGUGAUACAUGGAUGAAAUGCGAUGAUGAUGUUGUUACAGCUGUUACUACUGAAGAAGUUUUAAAACUCAGCGGAGGCGGUGAUUGGCAUUGCGCGUACGUUCUUUUAUACGGUCCGAGAAUCUUGGAAGUGAAAGAGAACAAUACGACCGAGAAUACAAACAAUACUGAAACUUAACUGCCAAAUAAUUGAUUUAAAGAAUUGCGCUAGACAAGAAAUUGCUUAUGUUGCUAGCUCCCUAUGAUAAAUUCAUUUGUUUUUAUACCAAUUAAUACAAGUGUCAUUAAAUAUUGUUAUUAACAAUGUGCUAUAAUGCUAUAAUGCUAUAAUGCUCGCGCAUAAAAUAUUUGUAAUUUGAAUAACAAUUUCGGCACAUGCAGAUAUAAAAAUAAUUAAUUAUCUAUAAUAAUUUUGUAGAUAAAUAUGAGUGAAAAACAA